GCCCUCCCUGCCCCUCCCCAGACCUUCCCUUCCCACCUGCCAGGCCUGGGCUCUGGGCCUCGGAUCCAGCAACAUGGCCCAUUCCCUAGGCCAGGCCUCUGGCCUCUCCCUGGCUCACAGGCCCCUGGCUUCUCCUGCAUUGCGCGAGUCCUCUCUUCUCUCCCCGGAGAUGGAAGGGAACAGCCCCUGCCGGGCACCAGCCCUUCCCCUCCCGUGGCUCCUCUCUGCCCAGCUCUCCCAGGCCCUGCCCAGCCCAGUGUGGCCUGGGGAGCGGGAGUGGGGAAUGGGGUGCCGGUGGCGUUCGAGGACGUGGCGGUCUAUUUCUCCCCGGAGGAGUGGGCGGCGUUAGCGGAAUGGCAGAGGGAGCUGUACUGGGACGUGAUGAAGGAGAAUUACGUGCUGGUGGCCUCGCUGGGCUCUGCAGGCGCCGCAGUGGAGAUCGCCUGGAAGGCGGAUAAAGAUGAAGAGCCGCACGUCGGGGCUUCCCAGGGGAAGAGGGGGGGAGGAAUCCCCCAGCCCCCCAGCCCGGGCUCCGACGAUGCCUGGUCGGACAGUUGGGUUGCGGCGAGUCGCCGAGCCGGGCCGUGUGUCUGGGAUGGUCGGUUUGUCUGGGCUCCUCGGUUCUCCAGGGUCCUCCUGCACCGGGGACAGGUGUGUGAGACGCAGAGCUCCCUGCGACUGGCGCAGGUGGCGUUCGAGGACGUGGCGCUCUGUUUCUCCCCGGAGGAGUGGGCGGCGCUAGCGGAAUGGCAGCGGGAGCUGUACUGGGCCGUGAUGAGGGAGAAUUUCGAGCUGGUGGCCUCGCUGGGCUCUGCGGACCCCAAGCCAGAGAGCAGCUGUGAAAUGGAGCGAGGGGACGAGCUCCAGCGGGGGCAUGACAGAGAGAUUCCUGAGGCACCCAGCAUGCGUGAUGGAAUCUGGGCUGGGGCUGAGGAGAAGCCGUGGGGAGCCCAGAAGUCCCCGGAAGGAGCAGCUGCCAUCCCAGAGCCCCAGGGGAAGGCGCCAAAUACCUGCCAGGACUGCGGGCAGAGCUUCUCGGAGCGGGGCCUCCUCAUCGUGCACGUGCUGAGGACCCACCUCGGGGAGCGAACCCUGCCCUGUGGGGAGUGCGGGAAGAUCCUCUCCGGCCGGGGCAGGCUGGCGGCGCAUCAGAGGAUCCACCUGCGGGAGCGGACGUUCACCUGCGUGGCCUGCACGCGCAGCGUCGUCUACAACAAGCACCUGGUAGACAAGGUGCGCAUGGAGCUGGCCGGAGGGAAGCCCUUCAAAUGCACCAAGUGCAGCGACAGGAUCAUCCUGAUGGUGGAGCCGCCGGCGGAGCGCGGGAGGGGCUCCUUCCCCUGCCCCCACUGCCCCAAGGUCUUCCCCUACGUCUACCUCCUGCAGCGCCACCAGCCGCUGCACGCUGGGGAGGCGUCCUUCCCCUGCGCCGAGUGCGGCAAGAGUCUCCAGCGGCGGACCACGCUCGGCAAGCACCGCCGGCGCCACGCGGCCGAGCAGCCCGCCCCCUGUGCUGAGUGCAGCCGGAAGGAGCGCCGGGAGAGCCCCGCACCGGAACAGCCGUUCCCCUGCACGCAGUGCGGGCAGCUCUUCCCCCGGCGGGGCUCCCUGGCCGCCCACCUCCGGGCCCACGCGCGCCCGCCGCUGCACCCCUGCGCCCGGUGCAGCCAGCGCUUCGGCAGCAAGCGGGCGCUGCUGGCACACCAGCGGGCCCACGCGCCGGACAGGCCCUGCCGGGAGUGUGGCCAGGCCUUUGGCUCCAGGGCGGCCUGGGCCGCGCACCGGCUGGAGCACGAGCGGCAGAAGCCGUUCUCGUGCGCCGAGUGCGGGAAGGGCUUCAGGCGCAAGGACAGGUACACGGUGCACCAGUGGCUGCACGUGGGUCCUGCGCCCCUCACCUGCUCCCAGUGCGGCCAACGCUUCCGCCUGCCGCUGCAGCUGGAACGGCACCAGCGCCUCCACCCAGUGCCGAGAGAGGCCAGGCUCAGGACGAGUGCGCAGGCCUGCCCGGCCGGAGAGCUGAGCCCCACACCUGGCCCUGCCACCCCGUCCGCGUGCGAUCCUGGGCCAGGCACCUCGCCGGCGUGGCCCGUGGUGUCCCCACCUGAGAAAUAGGGUGAAAGGGCACAAGGCCCGGGCAGUGUCUGUGGCACUGGGUGUAGGCGUACAUUAGAGAGCGGAGAGCUCUCGCUGGGGGGAGUCAUGGGGGCUGGUUUGGAAGGGGGUCUGGGCAGCCUGCAUGAGUGGGCUCAGACGGCUUCCUUAGCCUGCGCUGGGGGGCUUUUCUUUGUGCCCCCCCACACAGUGGGAGUGGGUGAUGGGAUGGGUCCCUCGACUGCCCUGUUCUGUCCAUUCCCUCUGGGGCACCUGGCGCCGGCCGCUGUCGGAAGCCAGGACCCUGGGCUGGCUGGACCGUUGGUCCGACCCCGUGUGGCCGUUCUGAUCUCAAAUGAGAUUGACUCUGUGAGCGCCUCAAAGGUAACCAGGGGCUGCGCUACAGUCAGUGUCAAACCAACCUCGCAUCUGUCUCUGCCCGGGUCACAAGGGGGGGGGGGGGGGAGAGUGACAGAGCUCGUCUUUAAUACGGUGUGUGACGCUGUCUCCCAUGACCUCAUAAGUGCACACGAGUAAUAGAACCUCCAGGAGCCUACGGGUGCAGGACUGGUUGGAGACCUGCUCCCAGAGAGUAGGUACCAGUGGAAUCGCAGAGCGAGUGGGGUCCCGCGGGGAUCUGCCCUGGGUCCGGUUCUAGUCAAUAUGGUCAUAAAUGAUUUGGCUAAUGACAGAGAGAGAGCGCUGAUAAUGUCUGCGGAUGUUACCAAAGGGAGGGGUUGCAGGUGCUUUGGAGGACGGAAUUGGAAUUCAGAAGGAUCUGGGCAAUCCGGAGAACUGGUCUGAAGUAAAUAGGAUGACAUUCAUAAGAACAAAUGCAAAGUGCUCCCCUUAGGAAGGAGCAGUCGGUUGCACACACACAAUGGGCAGGGACUGCCGAGGAAGCAGGACUGCGGGAAGGGAUCUGGGGGUGCUAGUGGAUCUCCGACUAAAAAGGAGUCAAUAAUACAAGACUGGUGCAAAAAACCCCCCAACAUUCUGGGAUGUAACAGAGUUGGGAAUUUUUCAUACGCUUUUGGAUGAAUAAUGUGUGUGCCUCAGUUUCCCCCAUGGGCUGUAUGGUUAACGGCGGGGUGGGGGGAAGGUUUACUCUUUGCGGAGACCUAGGAGUGGCUGAUGCCUGGCUGUCUGGGGCCUGGAGAGGACAAUGUUGAGUUCUUACGUGUGGGCUGCUGGAAGCAAGGUUCCCUCUUCUGGACUGGAGGUCAGACAGGGCUCUGGGCUCGGGACUGGCCCGGAUGGACUAUGCUGUAACUCUGUAUGUGAACUAAGAACGUCCUACACUCUGUUCCAGACAUCUAAUAAACCCUCCUGUUUUACA